UUUAACCUUGCAAAAUAUCUCGUAGGCAACGUUGACAGCCAAUGAGAGUACGACCGAUCUCCGACAAAAAAUACGAGGCGAGGCUUAACUUUCAAAACCGUCUGAUCUGUACAGAUUUUUGUGAAUCCAGUAGCUCAUAUGAUCUCAGAAAUUGAUUUGUCCAGAGGGAGAACCAGAUCAGCGCUGGAACGGACACACGGUGAAUGUGCAAAUCAGCACAAUGAAGAAAAACGAUUUGACACUCGUGCUGAUUGGACAUUUGAUGUCGUUUUCCUGCAUCGCCGUCACUGUCUACUCCACACAACCUUUCACAGCUAAAGAAUCAGCGGUACGUAGCCCGAACGUUUCGAGAAACGACUACGAGGUUUGGGUGGAAGAAAAUAAACCAGCAACCCUAUUCUGUGCAGUAGAGGGGAAAUCGUUGAAAAAUUUCAAAUGGCUACGGAAAGUUGACGCUACUUUAACCUGGAAAGAGGUGAACAUUUCGAACGCUUUGAAAAUCAACGAAACAUACGCCGCCGUGACGUUUGAUGUCGCAAAUGUGACAUCCGAAAACAACGGAACGUUAUACAAAUGCAGUGCAGAAGAUGACGGCCGCAACGUAGAAAAUACAUUGCAUAUUAAAACUUUUAAAGAACAGGAAUCCUACCAAAAUAUCCAAGCGGUUGGACCAGAUCGCAUUUACCUACGAAUAGAUCGGAUGAAUUUCAUAACUCAGUAUCAGUACGAACUGUUCUUGCCAAGUGAAUCCAACAUUCAUUAUAAGGAAAUUGGUACAAGGGAAUGGCAGCACGCAAUGUCACUGACGAAUCACGAUAUUCCCAGUUACCACGUUAUAACCGGAUUGAAAAAUGACACUGCCUAUCAGAUAAGAAACGUGAUUACUCCCGAAUCGCAGAGUUUGGGUACUGUCGUUCAAUAUAAAUGGGUGACGACGUUGAAACAAGCUCUCGAAUACCUCCCUAUCAUUACGAUUGCGAACGUCAGUAGUUCAACGAUAACGAUUAAGUGGAAAGCGCCACCACCAGAACUGGAAGGUUACAUCAGUUUUUAUAAUAUAUCAAUCCGAAAAUAUCAGAACGAAACCCCGUCUGAGGUGAAAGUAUGUUCGACGUCACAAAGUAAAGAGUUGAGCUACGUUUUCAAUGUUACUCAGAAAGGUCGAAAUUACUUUGAAGUAACAGCUUGUUCCGUUGACUCAUGUGAAGAUCGAUUCAGAUCCACCUUGAAUCUCGUUGUGAUUACACUCGUAGUAAACCCGAAGUACCUGAAGACCAGUUACCAGCUCUGGGUGGAAGAGAAUACUCCCGUGACUCUGCUUUGCGAUCUAGCUUUGUUUCCGUUGAAAAAUUUCAAGUGGCUAAAAAAAUCUCCCGGUUCAUUGAUAUGGAAUGAGGUGAACGUUUCGAGCAGUUCACUUAUCAAGGAAAACGUUGACAGAACUCUCGAUAUUGCAAACGUGACAUCGCAAGACAACGGAACGUUGUUCAAAUGGAGCGGGGAAGUUAAUGAGCAGCAUGUUCAACGUACGAUGCUAAUUGUGACUUACGGAGAAAAGGAAUCAUACAAAAAUUUCCGAGCUGUUGGAUCGGAUCGGAUUUACCUACGGCUAGACCGGGUCGAUUUCAUAAUUGCAAAUCCAACUUUGGUUUGUUGGUCGUGUAGCUACGUUAUUGAUUACAAAGAAAACGGUACAAAUCAAUGGCAGUACGCAGUGAACCAAUCGUUUUUCGACGUCCGUGGCUACUACGUCAUGAAUGGAUUGAAACCGGAUACUGCCUAUCAGAUAAGAAAUAAAAUUAUUGAUCCAGUUGAGAAUUCGACAACGGUUUUUCAAUAUAAAUGGACUAGAACCUUGAAACAAGAUAUCGAAUACGUUCCAAAUGUUUCGAUUUUGAAAGUGACUUCCUAUACGGUAACGAUUGAAUGGACCGCGCCAUCGACAGAACUGGAGGGUUACAUCAGCCUCUACAAUGCAUCGAUUCGAAUAUCCGGUCACAAUGGGAAGCAUUACAUGUCUGAAACAAAGGAGUUACGCUACACGUUUAAUGGAUUGACUCCAACGUUGGAUUACGAUCUCCACGUAAGCGCGUGUUCCAUUGACGCGUGUCGACAUGUGUACGCAAGUGUCACCCUCAAACAAGUGCGUACAGAGUCAGAAGAUUCAAUCAAUCCGGAUUUCGUUCCAAUCGUUUUUGUGAACGCAUCGACCAACUAUUCAAUACCCAUCAGCUGGACAGAACCCCAAGAUUCAUACGUAGGACCGAAUAUUCAUUACUACCAUCUAGUGCUUUCCACUUCCUACGGUACGAAUCGCUCGAUAUAUGUGAAUGGAACGACAAACUCUUUGACGAUCGGAAAUCUGCUGCAGUACGCGGAAUAUAAGUUUUACGUGGCAGCCUGUGGUAGAUACAGGAUGAAUUGUGGACCUUGGAGUGAUCCUGUCAAAGCUGUUAUACCAGGUGCUUGGGAUACUCAAAAUAUCGGCUGUUUGAGUCAAAUGCGAGUAUGGCGAAUUGUCUUAGCGCUGAUACUUCUCAUCGUCACUAGCACGCUGAUCGUUCGGAGACUCCGAAAGAAGGCAUUGAAACGGAAGUUGAUCAGAGCGAGACUCUCGAACUUUAACGACGGAAAUGAAAUGAUCUUAAAUCCAAAUGUGGCUGUCAAUGAUCAAGCUGAAUUACUAGAUUACGAGAACAAAUACGAGUUUCCUCGAAGUCUGCUCAAACUGGGCGACAUACUGGAAAGUGGGACGUUCAAUGUGGUGAGAAAAGGGCAGGCAAAAACCAUCCGCAGCCACGAAGCCGUCACAACGGUCGCUGUCAAGACGGUCCGAGCGACAGCCAGCCUGGACUGCAAGACAGCUCUUCUUCGGGAACUCAGGAUUCUUUGCUAUAUCGGCAACCAUCUGAACCUCGUCAACCUUCUCGGUGCCUGUACAAAAAAUCUACAAUACAGUCAAAUCUGCGUUAUCGUGGAAUUUUGUCGAUUUGGAAACAUUCGCGACUACUUGUUACGACACCGACGUGAUUUUGUGAAUCAAUUGGGUUAUGAUACUGGAGAGAUUCGUGAUCGAAAUCCCCUUGUCGAUACGAUCGACGCCAACGAUCGAGGCUCAGAAAAUAAGUCACAGUGCAACGAUAAUGAAGAUGCAGAAGGAUGCAGCGAUAACAACGAUCCCAAAUGUACAAGUGCUGGAGUAGACGUUGUCACAGAGGCCCAAAUAGCUGAACCGAAGCUGCCAUUCAAAUACCCGGGCGAUGACACAGAAACGGUGACAGAUCCGAUACGCACACAAGACUUGGUGUGUUGGGCCUGGCAAAUUUCACGUGGUAUGCAGUAUCUGGGUGCGAAGAAGGUUCUCCACGGAGACUUGGCGGCAAGAAACAUUCUCCUCUCUGAUAACAAUGUUGUGAAAAUCUGUGACUUUGGACUGUCAAAGUCUCUCCGCGAGGAACAGAACUUUGCGAACAACGAGCGUGGUCCGCUUCCGGUGAAGUGGAUGGCCAUCGAGUCGCUCAGGGAUCGAGUAUUUUCAACGAAAUCGGAUGUUUGGUCGUACGGAGUCGUUCUGUGGGAGCUUUUCUCACUUGCUGAUACGCCGUAUCAUGGGAUAAGACCCGAAUAUAUGUGUCAAACUCUGAUCGACGGUUAUCGUAUGGAGCGACCGAAAUACGCGCCGCAGAUUUUGUACGAUAUGAUGUUACAUUGCUGGAAAGAGGAGCCAUCGGAACGUCCUUCGUUCGAAUCGCUCAUCUGGAAAAUUUCUGAAAUGGUGGACGAGCAUGUGAAAUUGUAUUACCUUGACUUGGGCAAUUCUUACACUGAGAUGUACGCCGAUGAUUGGAGACGUGAGAGGGAGACCGUAAUCAAAGGUGAAGAAUCUGUCUCCUAUGACGAGACCCAACUUUAGGAAUAUCAAUGUCGUUGAAGCGCAUCACAAGUUCAUGAUCAAUCGGUUAAAAUCUAUAACCCUUUCAGCAUCACCCACAAAUAAUGUCCUUAUUUAUAUUGUAUCGCAUAAAAUUGACAUGUAAUCAGGAAGGAACACUUGUAAAUAACUUGUUUUAGUACGUCGCCUAAUUCUCCACGACUGAGUUGAGUUGAAUUUUCAAUUUGCCGAGUAAUUUCGUAGUUGUAUCAGUUGUAUCAUCUCACGAUGUGCGUCGAAAAAAAAUUCAUUCUUGUUCACCGCUCGUCUUGCUAACUACUUAUAAGUACCUAAUCAAGAUUAUUACGGCGUCAUUUUUGACAACGAAGUUGGUUUGUCGAUAGGUUUCCUAUUCAACCUAUAAGUGGGCUUUCUCGUGUUCAAACUGAUUAAUAAAUAAACAAAUAAAUUAAAUCUCAA